AUGUUUAAAUUUCAUCAAGUGAAACAUAUUUUUGACAUACUGGAUAAAAUGAGAUGCCUGAGAAAACGUUCUACAGUGUCAUUCUUGGGAGUUCUUGUAAUUUUUCUUCUAUUUAUGAAUUUGUACAUUGAAGAUAGCUAUGUUCUGGAAGGAGACAAACAGCUUAUAAGGGAAACAUCCACACACCAACUGAAUUCAGAACGCUAUGUGCAUACUUUCAAAGAUUUAUCCAAUUUCUCAGGGGCCAUCAAUGUCACCUAUCGCUACUUAGCUUCAACUCCUUUGCAAAGAAAGCGGUUUCUUACAAUUGGACUUUCAUCAGUGAAACGAAAGAAAGGAAACUAUUUACUUGAAACAAUCAAGUCUAUUUUCGAACAGUCCAGCUAUGAAGAGCUGAAGGAAAUCUCAGUGGUGGUUCAUCUGGCAGACUUUAAUUCAUCCUGGCGUGAGGUCAUGGUCCAGGAUAUUACACAAAAAUUUGCCCACCAUAUUAUUGCAGGGAGAUUAAUAGUGAUACAUGCUCCAGAGGAAUAUUACCCUAUCCUGGAUGGCCUUAAAAGAAAUUAUAAUGAUCCGGAAGAUAGAGUCAGAUUUCGUUCCAAGCAAAACGUAGACUAUGCUUUUCUGCUUAAUUUUUGUGCCAAUACAUCAGACUACUAUGUAAUGCUUGAAGAUGACGUCCGAUGUUCAAAAAAUUUCUUAACUGCCAUCAAGAAAGUCAUUACAUCCCUAGAAGGAACCUACUGGGUAACUCUUGAGUUUUCGAAGCUUGGUUACAUUGGGAAACUUUAUCAUUCUCACGACCUCCCACGUUUGGCACAUUUUUUAUUAAUGUUUUAUCAAGAAAUGCCUUGUGAUUGGCUGUUGACUCAUUUUCGGGGUUUGCUGGCUCAGAAAAACGUGAUCCGUUUCAAACCAUCUCUCUUUCAGCACAUGGGUUAUUAUUCAUCCUAUAAAGGGACUGAGAAUAAGCUGAAGGACGACGAUUUUGAAGAGGAGUCCUUUGACAUCCCGGAUAACCCUCCUGCGAGUCUGUACACCAAUAUGAAUGUUUUCGAAAAUUACGAUGCCAGCAAGGCUUAUAGCAGUGUUGAUGAGUACUUUUGGGGGAAACCACCUUCCACAGGAGACACAUUUGUGAUUGUUUUUGAAAAUCCAAUUGUAAUUAAAAAAAUUAAAGUGAGUACUGGAACAGAAGAUCGGCAAAAUGACAUUUUACAUCACGGAGCCCUAGAUGUUGGGGAAAAUGGUAUACUUCUCAAACAAAGUAGACAAUGUGAUACUUACAUAAGACUAGGGGAAUUCAAAAAUGGAAACUUUGAAAUGUCAGAUGUGAAUAAAAAAAUCCCACUUGAUAUAAAGUGUAUAAGGAUAUACAUUACCAAAACACAGAAAGAAUGGCUGAUUAUUAGGAGUAUUAGCAUUUGGACUUCUUAG